UUCGAUGUCGAUUGCACUCCCCUGAGUUCGACAGGGCCUUGCUUCUGAUGGGAGGUUAGGGUGCGUUUUAUUACGUUAACACAUAAUUUUUUCGGUCUUUUGGGUACACAUUACUUGAGUAAACCAUGGCGGACGACGAACUGGAGGCAAUUAGGCGGCAAAGAAUGGCGGAACUCCAGGCAAAGCAAGGGGAUUCUUCUAAUAAUCAGCAAGGAGAGGAGGCCAAACAAAGAGAAACAGACAUGAGGAACUCUAUAUUGGCUCAAGUUCUGGACCAAUCUGCCCGUGCCAGAUUGAGCAAUCUUGCUUUGGUGAAGCCAGAGAAGGCCAAUGCAGUUGAAAACUAUCUCAUUCAAAUGGCUCGUUUUGGGAAGUUAGGAGGAAAGAUUUCAGAAGCAGGCUUGAUUGAGAUUCUGGAAAAAGUCAGUCAGCAAACAGAGAAGAAGACGACCGUCAAAUUCAACAGACGGAGGGUGAUGGACUCCGAUGAUGAGGAUGAUUACUAACUCUUAACUGGAGCCUCAGGAUACACCAAGAAAAGAAGCGGCAUUUGCUUUACUGGGACUCUGGUAGCAUCUUUGACUGGCUGAAUCCUGGGAUGCCACACUAGCAUCUGUUUGUCUCUGGAGACUACAUACAGAGAGGGAAGAGCAACAAAUUGGGGUUUACGUUGCUGCAUAAUUGGUGGGGAGUACAAUGCACACAGUGUCAAAUAAGGUGUUCUUUUGUCAUCAAGUUUCUACAAAUGUGCUUGUGUUGUACCCCUGGCAGUUUUUGACACUGUUUGACUCCUCUACUCCCUCUUAGUGAUUUCGCUCUUUUUUUCACCAUGGUUGACUUCAAACACAAGAAGCUAGAUGAAGUGCAAAAUGUACUGUUGCUGGUAUAUUUUAUCUAGACUGCUCUGUGGAUAUCAUACAUUGUUCUGUAUUCAAGGCCAGCAUGGAUGUUGCACUUGAAUAUUUUCUUUUUGUUGACAUGUACUUCAAAGGUUUACAUAAAAAAAAAAAAAUAAAUAAUAAAAAAGGCCUUAAAUUCAAAUGUUUGUUUUUCUAGUGAAACAUUACUAAAAUAAUCUGUUAUUAAAUGAAUAUUGUGUUCAACCAUUUAGAAACAGUUUCACUUUUGGGUUUUCACACAUAAUAGAUCCAUUGGGUCAGGGCACACAAUUACCCCAACUAUGAAUAUGUUCAAUGCAAGAACAGGAAACUUUGCAGCAUCAUCACACAGUAUCCUCACCACCGGGGAAAAUGCUGACUUACUUGUUACUUCAUGUUCUUUUUUUUUCUUUCUUUUUUUUGAAUCAACAAUCUCAUGUUUUGGAUUUCAAACAACAAUAAACAGAUUCUCAAAUGUGAACCUUCUUUUGAAAUAAAAAAUACGGAGGAGAAGCUUGA